AUGGCCGAGACAGGUAUGCUCUCCGUCCUUCCGAUACCGGGGCAGUUGGAGGAGAACGGAAGGGACGACCGCUGGGCCACGUCAAACAGCCGACGUUCGGCAUCCUUCAGCUCUGGAAGCAGCAGCUCCAGUGAAGGCAGCGACGAGGACGGAAGAGAUGAUGAACAUGCACACCAGAGGCAAGCAGCUGGCAGACGGAGACUGUCCCUGGCGGAACAAGCCAAUUUUGCAAUGCAAGUUCAAGGGGAAGUCGAAGCUGCGGCAGAUGUGGAACGGCAGCAGCAGGAUCCUGGAUGCCUCAAGAAGGUCUGCAGCCUUGCCACGCGCAAGAAGCUUCUUAAGGUGGUGCGCAGCCGACCCUUUCUGCUCUCGGUGGCCUUCAUCAUUACAAGCAAUGCCGUCUACAUGGGCAUAGAGGUGGAUGCAAACCAGGGCGGCGAGCGUGGAAUUUGGGCAGCUUUCGAGAUACUCUUCUCCGUCAUUUUUGCGAUUGAAUUAUUCCUUCGCUUCAUUGCGACCAUACCAGUGAAGUACUUCUUCUAUAGCGGGUGGAAUCUGUUUGACUUGCUCAUCGUCGCAGCUUCCAUUGUCGACAACAUACUCACCUUUGCAUUGAGGAACACCAGUGAUCUUAGCAGAUUCUCGGUGUUGCGCCUCAUGCGGCUAAUCAGAGUCAUUCGGGUUUUCAGGCUUCUUCGAAUCCUGGAUGGUUUGUGGAAGCUGGUAAAAGGCAUUCUGAAUGCAGCUUGGACAUUGUUUUGGACGAUGGUUUUGCUGGCGACCGUGAUUUAUAUUUUCAGCAUUGUUUCCACUCGUCUGAUUGGGCAACCGCACUCAGGCGAUCCUUUCUUUGAUGAAUACUUUGGACAUGUUGGCAGGAGCAUGUUGACGCUCUUUCAAGCCACAACUACAGAAGGUUGGGCAGACAUCGCAAGACAGGUCAUGGACCAUCAGCCUUGGUUCGCCUUGUUCUUCAUCCUUUACCUUCACGUGACAACGUUUGCUAUUCUAAAUGUCAUGGUUGCCGUUAUUGUCGAGAGCACACUGGACGAGGCAGAUCAGAGCAAGCUCAAGUCCGCGGAGAAGCGGCUUGAGGAUCUCCGCCGAGCUUAUGACAAAAUCUACAAGGUUUUUCAAGACGGUGACUGCAACCAAGACGGGGUCCUCACGCGAGAGGAGUUUCGGGAACAAGUCAGCCAGCCUAAGGUGGCCAGGUACUUUGAAGAGAUAGGCAUUGACCCCAACGAAGCCGAGUACCUCUUCACUAUCCUGGACUAUGAUGGCAGUGGCUACUUGGACGCGGCUGAGUUUGUUGGAGGUCUUUUGAAGGUCAUAGGUAGUGCCAAAGCGAAAGAUAUCAUGGCGGUGCACUGCGAGCUGCGCCGUUCAGAAAAGGAGGGUCGCCAACAAAUAUCGGUCAUGGAGCGGAGUAUUGACCGACAAUUGGACCUUGUGGAGACAGGUGUGCAGUCUCUGAAGCAGGAGGUGCACUCUCUUGCAACAGCUAUCGGUGUAGCUCUAGGCUCGUGUACAAUGACCUGA